UAUAUAUGUGUAUAUGUACGUAUACAUAUAUACGAUUAUUUAUAUAUAUAUAUACACAUUAAUGUUUCAACAAAGUAAUUCAACUAUACUAAUAUUGAACUGUGUUGAUGACUUGUGAAAUUACUUUUUUAAUUUUUGAACUUUGAACUUAAUAUUUUUAUUGCAAGCAUUCUUUAGUGAAAUUAACAUGAAUCAAAAAAGGAUGUCAACAGAAGUGAAAUUUCCAGUACCAUGGGGAUACAUUACAGGCAAAAUAUAUGGAUCGUCAAAAAAAAAAAGAAUUCUAAUGGUGCAUGGUAUAUUGGACAAUGCUGGAGUAUUUGACAGAUUAAUGGAAUAUCUGCCAGAAGAAUACCAAUACGUAAAUAUAGAUUUGCCAGGACAUGGAUUCUCAUCUCCAAUGCCAGCUGGAUUACCACUACAUUUUUUUGAUUAUGUUUAUUCAAUAUUGCUUGUUUUGACUGCAUUAAAAUGGCAAACUUGUACAUAUAUCGGACACAGCCUUGGAGCUCAUAUCGGAACAUACUUUAGCAUUUUAUAUCCUGGAAAACUUGAAAAGAUUGUAGCGAUUGAUGGACUUCUACCUUUCUUCAUUUCAGAUACUGUUAGCUUUAUUCGUGAGUUGUAUAAUAUAAAUAUUGAUGUCAAACAUAGCGAGAGACUUUAUACCAAAGAACAAAUUUUGUACUCUUUGCAAUUUAGACGAUAUGAAACAUUAAACACAGAAGCUGCGGAAGCUGUGUUUAAACGUGCAGUCACUAAAGUCGGCAAUCUGUACAAAUAUAAUCGUGAUAAAAGAUUAGGACUUAUUUUAAAACCAUAUUUUACAAUAGAACAACACAGAAAUUUUUUCAGUAAAUAUUCGACUAAAACACUAUUAAUUAUAGCAAAUAAUUCUAAACGGACAUCUAUGCUGUCAAAAAUAAUAGAAGCAUUACCAGAUGUUAUUGAUAUUAGUCACCUUUUCACUAUAAUUACUGUAACAGGUAAUCAUGAUGUGCAUAAUAAUUAUCCUGAAAGAAUAGCACCUCAUAUAUGUAAAUUUCUGAACGAUAAUUUACAAAGUAAAUUAUAAGAUAUUAUUUU